CUACAAAAGUACAAUAAAUAUGUAGGCCUAUAAUAAUGAAGUCCAAUCAUAUUUAAACUAUAGCUCUAGUCAGUCUGUUUAAAUACAACAAGUAUGGGUGAUGCUUUCAGUGGAAUGCUCUGACAAUGGAUAAUAUUUACGAAUAACCGAAUUCAUUACGUUCUAAAAGUCUCUUGUAAAAGGUACUUGGAAAAUACGGCCAUUUUGAAAGGACCUUCCGUGAACCUCAGCACCUGCGGAAAAUCAUUCAGAUAAUAUGGAUUAUAGAGGAGACCAAACACACACUUCAUUGAAAAAAUUUAAAAUUGCACUUUACUCUAAAGGAUUUCACUCUAAUAUUUUUCUAACCCAUUCCUGAAAUUGAGGCAUUAAAUCAGAAAUUUAUACAGAAAUAUAUGAAUGCUCCUACUAAUUACUAGCCGGUUAUUUCCCUUCAUACAUUCGAUUAGCCAGACGAGAAAUUUCCACGCUCUGAUCAAUGACGCAGCUAAAAAUAGAAACCAGGGAAACACCCGACACGACGCUCAACAUCUAAAUACGAUUACUGUGACGCUAUAAACAUAACGAUUUAAUCGCGUCAACACAAAAGCAAAAACCAAAUUAAUGUUAUCAUUUAAUAAACUAAAACGAUGUUAAUAAAGGAAUGAAAUCAUAAAUCAUUUGAAACUGUGAAUAUGAAGGAUAAGAAGAUUACGGACCUUCCCGCCGAUGUUUUAUUGAAGAUAUUUUGCUACUUAGACUUCAAAUCUUUGCAGAAUGUAGCUUGCGUGAAUAGCAAUUGGAGCUUCGUGUGUUCUUUGGAAACAUUGUGGAAAAGACUUUGUAUGACAGCUAACGACGAUGCCUUGAAAUACAUAUAUAAAAGCAGAAUAAAUGGAUUGUCUUGGAAGGAAUCAUAUGUUUUCAACUACAGACCCAAUCUGAUCCGGAGGAAGUGGAAUGAAGGAUUUGUGUCAAAUAUUGAACAGUUCGAAGAUUUACCAGCAAUAACAAUGUGUAAAAUGGAUGCUGAGGAAUGGGGGGCAAUUUUUGAACAAGAAGAACGACGAUGAUGCAAGAAAAAGUAUAAUGACAUAACCUGUUUUUAUACAUAGAAAGACUAUUUAUACGUUUCGACUUUUUAUUAUUUAUCUGUUUGUUUAUUUAUUUUGUUAGUAUAUAUAAUAUUUAUUUUUAUACGCCCACACGUAAGUAGCCUAUGGGCGUAUAUUUUAGUUGCCCCUGUCGGUCCGUCCGUUAACAUUUACCUCGUGCCCACUCUACAGGUUACAAUUCUCCAAGGAUUCUUUUGAUUGUUUGUAUGUGUGUCAAUAUCAUUAUGAAGAUGUGCACUAUUGAAUUUGGUGAUGAUCCGAUUAUUUUCUUCAGAGAUAUCACAUAAAACUCUGAUAUCGCGUUCGUUUUUUUUUUCCUUUUUUGGCUAGUGCUCACUCUACAAUCUACAAUUCUCUAUUGAUUCUUUUGAUUGUAUGUGUGUCAAUAUCAUUAUGAAGAUGUGCACUAUUGAAUUUGGUGAGGAUCUGAUUUUCUUGAGAGAUAUCGCAUAAAACUCUAUCGCGUUGGCUCGUGCUCACUCUACGAUAUGGAGUUUGUUUUACAGUUCACAUUUAGCUCUUUAUCAAGCUGCUGGUGGGCGUAUUCGCUUGCGAGACUUGCCGCAAGCCUAUGUUUGUGUAUUUAAUUGUUAAUAAAUAAUGAAUGC